AUAGCGAGUGGUCGAGAGUGCCGUGGUGCAUAGCUGGUUUCUAAUUUUAGUAACGUCGCCCGAGUUCGUCAUCCAAUGAAACAUCGCUAAAAUUGUUCACCCCAUUAAGGCGAAGGGAAAGUGGUGUGUUUUUCCUUGUUCGAUCAUUUCAAGUUUAUUUUGACUUCACAUGUUGAUUUUAGUUACUGGAGACUUCGAUACAGUUUUCCAUCAAGACUUGAGAAAUGGCUGGACAAAAUAGCUGCUCAAACAAUAAGGGAAAUAAAGCAUGUAGAGAAUUAGAAGAAUUUGAUGCCAUAUUUCCUGCUAUUGUUGAUGAUCUCACUAAAACUGGCCUUAAAGACAAUGAAAUAUCAGAUGCUAUCCAGUGGUUUAAGAAGGUUAUAGAAUAUAAUGUACCCUUUGGUAAAAAGAAUCGAGGUAUAGCUGUUGUUACAUCAUAUUGUCAACUUGUUCCAAAUCCUACAGAAGACAAUAUUAGAAGAGCAAGGGUAUUGGGCUGGUGUGUUGAAUUGUUACAAGCAUAUUUCUUGAUAGCAGACGACAUAAUGGAUUCCUCCAUAACAAGAAGAGGGCAGCCAUGUUGGUAUAAAAAACCUAAUGUUGGUACCAUAGCUAUUAAUGACUCCUAUUAUUUAGAGUCAUCUAUUUUUGUUCUUAUCAAGAAAUAUUGUAGAGAUCAACCAUAUUAUGUUCAUUUAAUGGAAUUGUUUCACGAGACAACAUUGCAGACUGUGAUAGGUCAAUGUUUAGAUUUAACGACGGCUCCACCACAAGGCAAUGUGGAUUUCACAAGUUUUACUUUAGAUAGAUAUAGUGCCAUAGUCAAGUGGAAAACAGCCUUUUACUCAUUUUAUUUGCCUGUUGCUAUAGCAAUGUAUAUGGCAGGUAUAUCAGAUACAGAAGCUCAUGCCAAUGCUAAAACUAUAUUACUACAGAUGGGCCAUUUCUUCCAAGUACAGGAUGAUUAUUUAGAUUGUUAUGGAUCACCAGAAGUUAUUGGUAAAAUAGGUACAGAUAUACAAGAUAACAAAUGCGGCUGGCUGGUUGUACAAGCUUUAAAUCGAGUUACCCCGGAACAAAGACAAAUAUUAGAGAAUAAUUAUGGACAAGAUGAUGAAUCCAAGAUAGAAAGAGUAAAAGAAUUGUAUCGUGAUUUAAAUUUAAAAUGUGUUUAUACAGAAUAUGAAGAAAGUAGUUAUAAGGAACUUAAAACACUCAUAGAAAAAUGUAGUGGUAAUUUACCUAAGGAAAUCUUUGUGGCGUUUGCGGAUAAAAUAUAUAAGAGGCAGAAGUAAAUGUUCUAUUAAUGAACAUGACCUUGAUCAUCCUCAGAAAUCUGUGAAAGUCAUCUACAAUGACAGUAUACAUUAGGUGAAUUGAACCUCCCUUAAUUUGGCUCAAAUGUAUGUUUUCCUUAUUAAAAACUUAACAUCCAUGGUUAAGACCAGUUCAGAUAUAACCCAGUUUGUGUUCUUCGGUUGACCUUAAUUAAUAGUAAAGUGUAGGGGACCACACCAAACAUAAGCAAUUACACAAGACAGGACACAAUAUACACAGACACCUCAAACAACCAAAGGAAAAAGGUGGAAUCCUUAUAAAUUUAAUUCUGGAUUGCAAUAGAUAGGAUUGUCUUAAAACAAUCUGAAGCCAGUCAUAAGGACUGUCAUUUCAGUCAUAUUGACUGGCUAGAUUAGCCCAUUCGGAGCAUAACAGUAGGUCGUUAAACCUCAUUUCAUUUCAUGACUGACUAGAUUAGAUAUUUUACAACCUGUUGGUCAAUUUGCAUGCCAUAGAAGUAAAAUUUAAUCUUAAACCAGAACAAAAAGCCAGUUAAAUUUUAUAGUGUAAAAUCACUUAUAAUAUAGAAUGAAUCAUUAGUUAAGAUAAUGUGAAAAUAGUCAGUCUUUGAAAUAUAUGUCUUGACAAUCAAACUAAAACAUUAAAAUUUUACAGGUCAGUCAAUUUUUUAAGUGAAAGGGCCUAUAUUACUAACAAUAAUUGAUGGUUGUUUGUGGUUAUUGUACAUCUCCUUUCAAAUAAAGCAGGGGAUUAUUAGCUUUGAGACAACUAGGUCCAUAGUAGUCAUGUAAUAUAUGUUGUAGUACUUUCUACCAGGGCUUCCACUUCAAAAUUUUCCCAGCCGGUCAAUUUUUACGUGGAGAAAGUGGUGAUAUUUUUAGCACAUGAUAAGAAGCCAUAAAACAACAUGAUAUGGAAAUGCCGAUCGGGUUUAAUUGGGUCAAGGACAGUCACACAGAAAUUUAAUCUCACGUCAGCAUUUAUACCCACCCACCCCCGCAAUAAAGGAACACAUGUAAUCAAUUAUCAUUUAUUUAUUUAUACAUAAAUAAAAUAUAACAACAAGAAACAUUCAUUCACCGCAAGUACAGUAUUUUCUUACUUUAUUUACAACAUCAACCGUAUAUACUCAUCGUAUCUCUAAUGGAACUCUUGUGGUAUAACACUGGAGUCAGUGUGCUAUACCAGAGCCGACUUUGUAAAAUUCUGGGAAGCCGAAGUCACAAAAAUAUUCUUGGCGUUUCUGAAAACGAUCUUUUAAUUAACCUGUGCAUACUGCGUACGUGACAAGUUAGACUGUUGACUAUUUCUCUAUACACGGCGAAAAGUAGUUCAGAAUGAUUAAUGCAUUUAAAUAAUUCAAAGUUAUAAUAAAAAUGUACAACAAUUAACAUACUUUUUAAACUUAUCAAUAUAUUAACUCGUAUUCAUAUUUGGGGAGCUCAAACAAUAUCGUUCUAGUAUUUUCACUCGAUAACAUGUAAAGAUAAUUGCACAUGUAUCAAAAUGGUGGCGAGCGUAAAAGUUCAUUGUGUCAAGUAAAGUAACGUCAAACAGUUGUUACAUAAAAGAAAACAGAAGGAUUAAAAACACACCCGACAAUACAUCUUUGUGUAGGAAUACCAUAUUAUAACCAUGGGAAUGUUUGUGACAAGAUUUUAAGAUAGACUUUGUUAUUCUGAGAGGUUUGGAAUUUCAACAUUUUGAAAUGAUGGUAAACAUGCUAACAUUUCUGAAAUAUAUCAUUCGCAUGAUUAACUCUAGUUAUCAAGUGAAGAUAUCAAAUUAAAGUUUUUAAUUUGUUUGAUGUUGAUAUAGUAAAUAUGGCUGCACGAGCAAUGAAAGUCGACAAAUAUGUUGUAACAACAACUCGGUUUUAAGAAUGAUCAUACAGUACUAAUUAAAUUAGAUUGUGAUUAGAGCAAUAUACACAAAGAUAAUUUAAUUAACUGGCAGUGGUUUCCAUUUGUGGACUACUGAACACUGUUAAUUUUAUUACAUCACGACACGCACAACAGAGUUUCUUCGUAUCCCGGGAUUUUAUGAUUCAGCACAAAAUAUGCUAUUUUUCCGGCGUGCAAAAUGAACUAGAGUCUCAUCCGGUUUUGGCCAUUUUCCAGAGACCUCGGUCCCGACCAGCAUAUACGCCGACAUGGAACCCAUGCUUUCUACACUUGCCUAUGAUUAACUAGGAACUGUGCAUUUUUAUGCGCCCACAUGGAAGUGUGAACGUAUAUUGCCGUUUCCCCCAUUGCCGUUGUCAUCCAAUUGUUUUAGAAUUGAUAUAUGUUGUUUACAUUAGUGAGAUGAAGAAACCUAUUUAAUUUUAAUAAUUUCUAGAGUUAUGGCUCUUGUUUCACUUUGUUGAACCUUGUGAAUGCUCUAAUGCCAAAAGUUAACAUCCGAUCUUUGUGAAAUUUAUAUGCAAUAUUUAAAUUAGGGAAAUGAAGAAGACUAUUGAAUUUUAGAAAAUUCUGUUUAUUACUUCUAGAGUUAUGGCCCUUAUUUCAAUUUGUUUUAAUUCGAUCUUUGUUAAAUUUAUAUGCAUUAAUUAAAUUAAUGAAACAAAGAAACCUAUUGAAUUUCAGCAAUUUCCGUUUAUUACGUCUAGAGUUAUUGCCCUUGUUUCACUUUAUUGAACCUUGUGAACGCUCUAACACCAAAAGUUAUCACCCGAUCUUUGUGAAAUUUAUAUGCAUUACUUGAAUUAGUAAAACAAAGAAGCCUAUCGAAUCUCGGCAAUUUCCAUUAAUUACCUCUAGAGUUAUGGCCCUUGUUUCACUUUGUUGAACCUUUUGAACACUCUAAGGCAAAAAGUUAUUAGCUGAUCUGUAUGAAAUUUAUAUGCAUCAUUUAGAUUAGUGAAACCACGAAGCCCAUUGAAUUUCAGCAAUUUAAAAUAAUUACUUCUCGAGUUAUGGCUCUUGUUCCACUUUGUUUAACCUUGUUAAUGCUCGAUGGAUGAAAGUUAUCAUCAGAAAUGUAUGAAAUUUAUAUUCAUCAAUUAAAUUUGUGAAACGGUGGUCUAUUGAAUUUCAGCAAUUUCCGUCAGUUAUUUCUAGAGUUAUGGCCCUUGUUUUACUUUGUAAACGUUCAAAUGACAAACGUUAUCAUCCAAUCUGUAUGAAAUUUAUAUCAAAUUUGAAAAUUUUCUGUAAAUUACUUCCAGAGUUAAGGCCCUUGUUUCAGUUUGUAGAACCUUGUGAACCCACAAACGACAAAAAUUAUAAUCUGAUCUAUAUGAAAUUGUAUUGUAAAUGCCCCCAAUUACUUACAAAAGAAUAAAUAUACAACAACCCUUGUCCACCACUCGGUUGAUUUAGCUGCUGUGGGUGUAUGUUUCGUUGCCUGGCAACCAAUCUUUAUGCUUUAAAAUGCACAGAUCCUAUUUCAUGAUUAGUCUCGGUCACCCAGAACCUCCUAGUCUUCAACAUUCGGAGGGUCUGGGACCGUUGUCAAUAUUUGACGUAAAGUCCAUUGCCCAUGCGUAACCGGGAGUUUGGUUUUAAUGUGGUUGAUUAUCCAGUAUCUUUGGCCAAGUCAAGUAAGAGUUGUGCCCCUUCCCAUAAUUCUUGCAUUAAUAUAAACAAAUAUGAAUCGUGAUGACAAAUUAGGAUUAAUUUAAAAAGCAUAGAUAUGGCCCAUGAAGAGAGAAAAUUUACCUCCCUUAGUAGACAUUUAUGAUAAUGUAAAAGACCGGAUAAUCUAGCCAAUGUUAUUCUCAAAUGUUGACAACACAUCCAGACUAAUAUUCAUAGACUAUUUCAUGAUAGGCAAGUACUACAACAUAAUAUUACCUUUGACAGUUCUUAAGGGAUAUCAAAAAGUGGAUCUUAUUUCAUUGUAAAGUUAAAUAUUCAAUAAACUUGAGUAAAGGAAGUGGGUAACCCCUGUCUAUUUAAGAAUGAGUUCGCGAGAGAACCAUGCAAAAUUUAAUAAAAAGGGCACAAGAGGUGUCUAGCGAUUUUGACCAAACUUUGCAGAUUGGGUCAUUGGGUACCCCGUAUACCCCACAUGAAAUAUGAGACUCACCAACCUUGUAGUUACAGAGAACCAGCUAUGGCCAUUUUAGAAUAAAACAGACGACAUUUUUUUGAAAAAAAAACUAUCUAAAUUUAAAUAUUUCCCAUAAAUUGCCUAUUGAUUUUUUAUUUUUUUUAAUAUAUAUGACUAUUGAAUUUUUCCGAAACCAUUUGAGGCUAUGAGGAAUUUAUUUUGAGACCUAGUUUUUGCUAUAUGCUAAAACAUAUAAAUUCCAUGAUGCUAUAUCUCACCCAUUGCGGGGCUGAGAACAAUUCUAAUAUUAAAUUUGAUGGUCAAACUUGAAGAAAAUGACUUCAUUUUUAACAUCAUUUUUCCAAUAAAAUCAUUCGAUGCCUGGAUUAUUAGGCCUGAUAAUGACCCAUACAACCGCCUUCCAGCAACCCCAUGUCAGGCCGGUACAGAUGAUUCAGGAAUUCCACAAGGAUCAGUCCUUGGACCUGUCCUUUCUGUAAUGUAUACUAAGAAUUUAGGACAAUUAAUCGAUAAUCAUGGUUUCUAGGACGGCAUUCUUAUGCAGAUGAUACACAGCUGAUUGCAAAUUACUCUGUUUCCAAAACUGUUCCAUCCCCUAAUUAUUGUGUACACAUGACAUUAAAGAUAGGAUGACAAUAACUAUGUUGAAAUUAAAUGUAAUUGAAUUAAGUAAAUCAGAAUGUAUUUUAUUUGGUCCAAAUACACAUCUGAAAAAUACAAGUUCAAAUGAUGUGGUUGUACGAGAUGCAAUACUUGUACCAUAAGACACUGUGAAGAACUUGGGUGUCCUCUUGGGGUCCAAUUUAAGCAUGGACAGUCACAUUAGUGAAAUUUGUCGAAAAUGUUAUCAGUCAUAUAAGACACUUGAUUAGCCACAAAUUAGCUACUACACUUGUAUGUUCUUUGGUAUUCUCAAGGAUUGACUACUGUAACAGCUUGUUAGUAGAAACAUCUAGUGCCAAUAUUAAAAAAAAUCAACUUGUACAAAAUACCGCAGCUCGAAUUGUUACCAGAUCAUCAAAAUACUUUCAUAUUAUUCCUAUUCUGAAAUCACUCUAUUGGCUGCCAAUAAAUGAAAGAAUCAAAUAUACCUAUCUAACCUUUUGCAAAUACAAGUUCCCUCGCGUAACCUCCGGCUGAACACACCUUAAUCAGUUGUGUUGCUCAAGGUGGAAAUUAAAAUCAUCUGGAUACAGAUCGUUCUCAGUGAAUGUGCCUAAACUGUGGAACAAUCUUACAGAGAUCAUUAAAGGACAAUAUUGGUGCCAGUCAUUAUCACAUAUGUGAUAGAGCUGGUUAAACACAUUCCAAAUAUAAUUUUAACACAGAGAUCAUUGCUACGAUAGCUGAGUAAUACAGGUUUCCUGAAUCGGAAGUGACGAACGCCAAAGGAAAACACGAGUCAUACCUCUAUUAUAACUGACUGAUGUGACGAGUGAUAACAGAUACACGGCCGAAUUUCUGCUCACUAAUAAUUCCUUCCAAGACCAAAAGUUGUUAUAUGGGACUGUAAGAGGAUACCUGACAAUUCAAUAAAGUAAUUGAAUUUUGUUAGAUAAGAGAACACGAGAAAAAUAGAAAUAGUCCGUACAUUCCCUUGUUUAUAUUCAUUCUAUACCUUAUUAAAACAUGGUAAUGCACAUACUUUUUCUGUUUUUCUUUCGUUUUCUGUUAUCUAGUGGCAGUCAAUUCUUUUUAUGAAUUGUCAGAUUAGCAUCCAUUUUGAAUGACAGUGAUUCAGAUUUUAUCGGUGGUGUAGAAUUUUAUAGUUUUGCGUUAGAACGUGAUAGGCUAGUAGGCUUACUGAUAGGCCUAAAUGAUAGAAGCAAGUAGGCUUAAUCAACGAACUAUUUAAAUAAGCUUACAUUAAAAGAGAUUUAUGAUGAAUGAUUUUUAGUUUACAACAGCCGAACAAAAAAAACAAAAAAAAAUAGAACUAACUAUUAUAUACAUAAAUUUUGCAUGAAAUGUCUCAAUUUUUGGUAUAAAAUUUAUAUUUAUGAAAAUAACAUUAAAUUUAGAUUAUUUCAUCCAUUUACAUGUAGGGUCUAUCUACAGUUGUUUUUUAAUAAUAUUAUGACUUUAAAAUGUAUGCUCUAUAUGUAUAUUUUAACACUAUUGACGAUUAUGACGUGGGUUUUUAUGACGUUAUGACGUCAAACCUCUGGUCAUUUAAGAGUUAAUAUCCGAUUGACUUUAAAUUUAUACACAGUGUGUAAGGUCAUGAGACGAAAAAGCCUAUUGAUUUUCAGCGAUUUCCGAUAAUUACUGCCAGAGUUAUGGCCCUUGAUCACUUUGAAAAAUUUUGUAGGCUAAAGUUAAUAUCCGAUUGACUUUAAAUUUAUACACAGUGUUUAAGGUCAUGAGACGAAGAAGUCUAUUCAUUUUCAGCGAUUUUCGAUAAUUACUUCCAGAGUUAUGGUCCUUGAUCACCAUAUCCGAUUGACUUUAAAUUUUUACACAGUGUUUAAGGUCAUAAGACAAAGACGCCUAUUGAUUUUCAGCAAUUUCUGAUAAUUACUGCACUCGAUCACUUCAAAAAAUCUUGUGGAUGCUCUAGAGGCUAAAGUUAAUAUCCGAUUGACAAAGAAUCCUAUUGAUUUUCAACGAUUUCCGAUAAUUACUGCCAAAGUUAUGGCCCUUGAUCACUCUGAAAAAUCUUGUGACGCUCUAGAGGCUAAAGUUAUCAUCCAAUUGACUUCAGAUUGAUAGUUACUUCAUGAGUUGUUACUCUUAAUCAGAUUUUAGUGUAUUAUAAAUGUUUCAUUACCAAAAAAAGUAAAAAAUAUGCGACAACACUUGUUGACUGCCCGGACGAUUUAGCUGCUGUGGGCGUAUGUUUUGUUGCCUGGCAACCUAUCUUUAUCUGAUUUUGUUGAAAUUUGAAAUGUAAGUUUAUAACCCAAAGAUCUUGGUUCUUUUCGAUAUUUGCGCAUAUCAGGUCGUAACUUCCUGAAUCGUAUUUUAAGAUUGUGGUCCCUCUAGAGUUAACAAUUUUUAUCCAAUUUAAAAAAACGUUUAAAUAUAUCUCUGUUAUACCCUAAUGAUGGUUGAGUUUGAAUUUCGUGAAAAUCGAACCAAAACUGCCCCUCGUACACUAAUAGUGUAAAAAUAUGGUAAAUCAAGGUUGUGGACUCUCUAGAGGUCACAAUUUUCACCCGAUAAAUUUGAUGAAACUUGAAAUGCAUGUUUAUAACCCAAAUAUCUUGGUUCCUUUCGAUAUUUGCGCAUAUCGGAUCGUAACUUCCUGAAUUACGGCCCCCGAUUGUACGAAAAAUUGCAUUUUUAGCUUUUAGUCCCUCAAGAGGUCACAAUUAUUAUCUAAUUUAAAAAAACGUUCGAAUAUGAUACCGUUACACCGUAUUGUUGGUUCAUUUCGAAUGUCAUGAUAAUCGGACCAAAACUGCCCGACAAUUUUUGGACAAAAAUGGAAAUUAUUUACUACUUAACAGAUCGAGUGCCACCCAAUUUUUUUCUUGAUCUUAAUACUAUGGAUCAUUGCCUUUUCAGUCAGCAUUCCAAAAAAAUUCUUAUACCCGCAGUGGGUGAGAUAUAGAUAGAUAGAAUAAAAUGACAUACCUAUAAAUUGAGCUAUUCUGGUACCUUGCAGCACUAAGUCCCUAUUCCAAAAAGCUCUCGAUGAAACUAUCAAACUUUCAGAAUGUAUAUAUACUCACUAACCAUAUCUGCUACCCUAUAAAGUUUAAUUAAUCUACUCACUGUAGUUUAGUUGUACCCCAUAAUUGAAAAAAUGGCCUGAAAAUGACGAUUUUUUGUCUUUUUUCGGUCUUAAAAUUACAAAAAAAAUUUCUACACUCUAAAAAUGGGUCGAUUGAUCUUAAAUUUUGGCAGUGGGGUUUGGUGCAAUCUAAUUAAAAUAUAGAUCUAUAUUUUGUUUCGUUUUUUAUACUUUCGAUGGCCUACACUACAUGUAGAUCUAACAAGUUAUAUAGUGGGAGUUUACGUUCUAUGACGUCAGGUACCAAGCAAGCGACAUUUGACCCGAUUACGUCAGUCAUUCGAUUAACCAAUUAGCGACCGUCAUGUAUUUUUUAUCUACUUUUGCUUUGUUUUGAUUUCUAUUGCCGCUAAUGUCUACCCACAGUUCCGCGCAAAAAAGGUCAAACGCUCGAUUCGACAGACCAUUUGAUUGACUGACCCCUCAUUUCAAGCAGAACACGAGUUAAAUAACAAUGCUUCCAGAUCCAAGUGUAGUAAAGACAAGUAAAAUCGAAAUUUUGAACUAUUUAAACGAAACGAAAUUGGAUCUGGGUUUUAAUCAGAUUGGGUUUGAAGGGGUUAGGCUACUCAUCAUACAUAAAAAAAAAAUGGUGAAAAUCGGUCACCCACCAUGUGCCGGUCUCUGCAUGAUUCUUUCGCAAACGCAUUCUUAAUGUGUAGUUUUUAUCAUUUCACCAUGCAUAUCUUUAUUUACAAGUUGAAUCUAUUGACCAAUAUCAGGCCUAUUGUUUGACGCAGUACAUAAGUUGCCCAUUGCUAUGCAAUAAUAUGUCUUCAAAGAGUGUUCUUUUACAUUAUUGUUUGUUUAACUGUAAGCACAUGGGAAUAACAGAUUGUUUAAAUUGUGCUUAAUUUAUGGUUGGAAUAUUUUAAAGUUUAAAGGGUAGUAUCAUGUUGAUAUUCCAGAUUCUACCUGAUAUCAGUAAUCCGAUUUCUGAGGUCAAAAUAAAAUGUUUAAAUUUGUUUUUUUCCCAUUAGUGAUUAGACAAAAUCUAAAUAAUCAAGUUUUUGAAAUUGGAAAUACUGAAUGAAUGUCCAUAAUUUGUUUACAAAUCUUAGUUUUGUAUCUCAUCAUUGAAUCUAUUUUCUGUGGACCUAAAAUUAUUAAUGCUAAUAUUUAUCCUCUAAACAGAGAAGAUCAACACAUUAAAUCAACACUGUUUAUUUUUUAGCCUAUUCAAGGGGGUUAGCCAUUUUAAACCUAGGAUGAGAGAGAGAGAGGUGGGGGGUCAACUCCACUCGACACAAACUAGGUCAUUUUGGGACUAACACGUGGUUCAAUUUUAUUUCAAUAGGAUGAUAGCACUAAUACAGGUUUUGAAGAGAGGAUUAAAAGUGCAUACAUAUGUAUGAAACUCUUUAAUUGACUCACUAGUUAUAUAAUCUAUAUUAUUUUGUAUAUUUUAAUGUAUAUUUAAGGCACAUGUAUAUUUAUUGCUACUUGUUAUAUUACAUGGAUGCGAGAAGAGGGACGGCAACACUCCCUGAGCAGGGUGACUAAAGCUGGACAGGCUGAUAACAUCUGCGUGAAUACUGGAUCAAGAAAGAGAUACCGGUGGGGCGAAGGUGUAAAUACAAUAAAUUAAAGAAUCCUCGCUCAACAGGCUUGGUAGAAGUGAAGAUUUUUUAAUAAUAUAACGUUUUGGGUUGAGAUACCUCAAUAAAUUGUAUAUAAAGGCGCCACAGGAUUAUUAAUUUUUAUACACCCACAUUUUCAUGUGGACGUAUAUUGUCGUCGCCCCUGUCAGUCCGUCCACAAUUGUAUGUGAACACUCUACAGGUCACAAUUAUCCGAUUUCAAUGAAACUUGAAAUAUAGGUUUAUCACCCUAAGAUCUCGGUUCCUUUCGAUAUUAGCAUGUAUCGGACCAUAACUUCAUAGAUUAUGGACCCUGAUUGUACGAAAAAUCGUGUUUUUAGCUUGUGGACCCUAUAAAGGUCAUAAUUUUUAUCCGAUUUAAAAAACUGUACUAUUAUAUCACCGUUGCACCCUAAGGACGACUGAGUUUGAAUUUCGUGAAAAUCGGCCCAAAAUUGACAGACAAAAUGGCCGCCGUUCGUUCCCAAAUAGCGUAAGAAUAUGGUAUAUCAAGGUUGUGGACCCUAUAGAGGUCACAAUUUUUAUCCAAUUUUGUUGAAACUUGAAAUGUAAGUUUAUAACACAAAGAUCUCGUUUCCUUUUGAUAUUCGCGCAUAUCGGACCGUAACUUCCUGAAUUAUGGCCCCUGAUUGUACGAAAAAUCGCGUUUUUAUCUUGUGGACCCUAUAAAGGUCAUAAUUUUUAUCCGAUUUAAAAAAACUGUACUAUUAUAUCACCGUUACACCCUAAGGAUGACUGAGUUCGAAUUUCGUGAAAAUCGGCCCAAAAUUGACAGACAAAAUGGCCGCCGUUCGUUCCCAAAUAGCGUAAGAAUAUGGUAUAUCAAGGUUGUGGACCCUAUAGAGGUCACAAUUUUUAUCCGAUUUUGUUGAAACUUGAAAUGUAAGUUUAUAACACAAAGAUCUCAGUUCCUUUCCAUAUUUGCGCAUAUCGAAUUGUAAUUUCCUGAAUUAUGGCCCUUGAUUGUAGGAAAAAUCACUUUCUUUUUAGUUUGUUCUCUAUCCAUCUCUCAAAAAUGUGGGCGUAUCCUGCCUGGCAGCCGCUGGUUAGUUACAUUCUCGUAGCUAAGUUACCUUGAAAUAUCAUUAUGUAAAUUUAUUCAUAUUUUAAAAUAAACGUCUAGUUCUCUCAUC